AUGGAGGGGUCCGGAGACGACGAGGAACCGGAUUGGCUUCUGCCGGAGCCCGCCGGCAGCCCUGGGAGAGAUCCUCUUGCUGCUGGAGGAAGAGUCCCAUGUAAACAGGGGCGAACAGUUGGGGGGCGGGGGUUUGCUGCUUUGCUUCCCCUGCGCCAUCUACCCAGCUCGGUACAAAGCGGCGUGGGAAGCGAAUUCAGAAUUGGGACCCGCUCCUCUUUAGUCUGCCGGGGAGCUGGAAAGCUGGCGCCUCUCCCAAGGAUAUUGGGAGCAGUUGUGGUCGCCUCGCUUCCCAAACGGGGCAUUGUAGAACUGGGAGCGGUUCAGAAAAGGGCAAACGAAAAAUGAUCCGAUGGGAUGGAGAGGUCCUGCUGCUUCCCAUAGGCGCCUGGGACUAGAUGGGCUCCUGGCCUGAUCCUGCAAGGCUCUUCUGAUGCCCUCUCAAAAAUAUAGGGAGUUCAUUGCAGAAAGAGAAAAGCAUAGCUAGAGGGGAAUAAAGUGUGAGAGUGGGAGUGUCGCUGCUAACCUUCGAGAAAGCAGGCUGAGAACAGUAUGAGAGAAUGGAAUAAGGAAUACUUAAUGGUUUACUAACACCAGUGUAAUUCUGCACGCUUGCAAACUGCUGUGGACAGUCAUCGGGGUGCAUGCAUGGGUGCAAGCUGCUGCUGUGUGCAAGAGAUCUGCGGACUGGCGUGCUAAUUCUUUCUUUAUUAUUAAUUGGAUUUUAUUGCCCUCCCUCGAAGAACAGCGUUAGAAAAGAGGUGGAGAAGGAAAUGUAUUGCAUCCCUUCUGGGAGCACACACAGAGAGAGGUGCCAUUAGCCAGCAGCUCUCCACCUUUUCUUUUCUGGGCCACACUUUUAACAAUAAGAAAUUGCUCAUGCCACACUGAUUUAUUUAUUUUUAAUAAGAAAUACAUUGGAAAAGAAAAGGACCACAACUAGGAUUGCCCUCGGUAUGACUUGAUGCUCUUGCUUUCAUUUUUCAAAAGAUACCCAUCCAUAGUCUGCAAAUAAUAUCUACAGAUAGAUACUAUACAACACUACAAUGAAAAGUUUAAAUGUUUCCUUGUCCUUGAAUCUUCCCCAGCACACCUGUCAUCCUUUCCUGCCACACCCUUUGCGAACCACUGCUAUAAGGGGGGGUGGGAGCACCAAGCUUCCCCCAAGUCUGGUUGGGGCGAAGGAGGGAGCAGCCUACUUCUCACAAUAUUACCAUUGAGGAUCCUUUGCUGGGAGGCAUUUGCCCCAUCAAUGUAUCUUGGCUAGGGAUGGAGGAGGAUGUUACCUCCUCAGCAUCCUGUCUCUCUCUCUCUCUCUCUUGAACUUUGGACCCCACUUUGAGUGCCCCCCCAUGCAAAGAUGGUGCUGUGCUCUUAUGAGAAUCGGUGUACAGGUUGCAGGAUGUGCCCCCUAACAAAAAUGGCAAGUAAGGGUCAAUGGUGCUGUAUCCUCUGUGAGAUGCAAGGAGGAGACCCCUUGACCUCAGCCCAGUAUUCCUGAAGGAGCGUCCCCAACCCCCAUCGUUCAGCCUGAACACUGAUGUCCAGCGCCGAGGUCCUUCUGGCGGUUCCCUCCCUGUGAGAAGUGAGGUUACAGGGAGCCAGGCAGAGGGCCUUCUCGGUAGUGGCGCCCACCUUGUGGAACGCCCUCCCACCAGAUGUCAAGGAAAUAAACAACUACCUGACUUUUAGAAGACAUCUGAAGGCAGCCCUGCUUGGGGAAGUUUUUAAUGUCUGAUGUUUUAUUGUGUUCCUUUUGGAAGCCGCCCAGAGUGACUGGGGAGGCCCAGCCUGAUGGGUGGGGUAUAAGUUGUUGUUGUUGUUAACAAGUUUGCUUGAAUCUGAAUGUCUGUGAAUUCUUUGCAUCAUAGAUUAACACUUCUUCUCCUUGCUGCUCCCUUAAAACAGCAGCCUGAGGCCCCAAAAUUUAGCAGGAAGAUGUUCUUGUCCCUAUAGUAAGAGAAGCUUCCUUUCCAAAUAUCUGUUGCUUAGAAGGCUGUUGUUAGAAUUGCAGGAGCAGGGCCAAUAGAACACUGGUAACUGUAGUUACAGCUGGUAAAAUGUUAACAUGCUUUAGCACUUGGUGGCAAAAACAUGAAAAAUGAAUUAAUCUCUGUUUUGACCUUUCACUGCAGCUUGCCAUGGCAAAGUAGUAUCAGCGGGAAGCUCUCAGCACCGAAUCAUUGUGCACCUUGACCUGGAUUGUUUUUAUGCGCAGGUGGAAAUGAUCUGCAAUCCUGAAUUAAGAAGCAAACCUUUAGGUAAUCUCAUACUUGACUGCUCUUCUGUGUGCACAUUGAAAAUCAGGGUAUGCCUGCAUUUUUCAUGUCCCCCAAGUAAGUAUUACCUGUAACUCUGCUCUGAUGGAAGCCCAAAUAAAUAUUUUGUUUUUCUUAAAUGUUUCUCAUGAACCGACUUUUAAUAUAUUUGUGUUUUAGCUUCUCAAAAUAUGUCAAAGGUUGUGCAGUUAAGCUUCCAUUUGCCAAAAAUGCAGUCCUUGACUACAGUCUCAAGAGUGCGUGCCUAAGGUUGCACUUGCUAGGGAAUAAGACCCACUGAACACAGUGCAACUUGCUUCUGCUUAACUAUGCAUUGAUUUGUGUUGGAUAUUAAUCUUGGAAAUUAAAAAAAAAGGAGAAAAUCAGUACUGUGCGAGUUACUGAAAUAUACUUUGGCAUGUUGAAAACUCCAAACGGAUUGUUCAUUUCAGCUGCUUCAUUUCUUCCUUUUCCAGGUGUGCAACAGAAAUACCUGAUGGUCACCUGCAAUUAUGAAGCCAGGAAUGCUGGAGUCAAGAAGUGCAUGUCUGUGAAAGAAGCCAAAGAAAAGUGUCCAGAACUGGUGCUGGUUAAUGGAGAGGAUCUGACAAAAUACCGGGAAAUGUCUUAUAAGUUUACAGGUAACAUCACCUUGACAGUUUUUUUUUUUUAAUUUUUAUUGAUACAGCAAGAAAAAAGAAAAAACACAAAUACCAAAUUACACACAGGAAUAAUCAUAGACACAUAAUUUUCUUAACAAACAAUAAAACAUAUAUUGGUCUUAACACUAAAGACCCAACCUCUGUCUAUCCCAUAUUUUGAUUUCAUAUUACUUAUUGCCAAUACAGACUUUUAUCAUAAUUAAACUUUUUCUUAAUAUAUCUAAUUUCUUAUAUCUACCUUGCAACUAUUACUGAAGUUCCUUGAAUGCUGCAACAGAAUUUAAACUACUAUAUUUAUUUUUCCAAUAAUCUUUGAAAACCUCCCAUUUUGAAACAAGUUCCUGUUUUGAUUUAUUCUUUAUUUUUUCUGAUAGACCGUCUAAUUCGGCAUAUUCUGUCAGCUUUCGGAGCCAAUCUUGUAUUGAGGGGAUUUCAUUACUCUUCCAUUUUGCCGCGAUCAGAACUCUUGCUGCCGCUGUCGCAUAUAAAAAGAUUUUUAACAAUGUGGAAUUGGCAAACUUUGUCCUAACUUUCUAGGUUUGGAUUUAUAUCCUUCCCCAUCCCAGGGGUUCAGCCGAGUACAGAUCUCACCUCUUAUGACCUGGGGAAGGGACUAUAUCCAAUUAGGAGAGUAUGGUUCCAAGCACAAUUCAACGUGUUGGUGCUGACCUUUUAAGCCCUAAAAACAGCCUCGGCCCAGUAUAUCUGAAGGAGUGUCUCCAGCUCCAUCGUUCAGCAAGGACACUUAGGUCCAACCCUGAGGGUCUUCUGGCAAUUCCCUCUCUGUGAGAAGUGAGGUUACAGUAAGGUUACCAGAUUUUUUUCAGUGAAUCCAGGGACACUUUUCAACUUCAAUGGAUUUUGUAUGGGGACUGAUUUGUAAAUCCGGGGACUGUCCCCGGGAAACGGGGAUGUCUGGUAACCUUAGGUUACAGGGAACCAGGCGGAGGGCCUUCUCGGUGGUGGUGCCUGCCCUGUGGAACACCCUCCCAUCUGAUGUCAAGGAAAUAAACAACUAUCUGACUUUUAGAAGACAUCUGAAGGCAGCCCUGCUUUGGGAAGUUUUUAAUGUUUGAUGUUUUAUUGUGCUUUUAUUCUGUUGGGAGCCACCCAGAGUGGCUGGGGAAACCCAGCAAGAUGGGCCGGGUGUAAAUAAUAAUAAUAAUAAUAAUAAUAAUAAUAAUGUGCUCUACCUGCAGAAGGUCCCAGGCUCAGUAUUUGGCCUCUCCAGUUAAAAGGAUCCAAUAGUUAGUGAUGUAAAAUGUUCUCUUCCUGAGACCCUGAAGAGCCACUCCCAAUCAGAGUAGAAAAUACUGGGCCGUAAGGGCAAAUAAUCUGAGCUGUCAUAGGAUAGCUUCAUAGCUUCCUUUUAUAGGACCCCUGCAGACUAGGUUUCUAUUGCAGGUUUAUUUUGUAACAUGUGCUGGACACGAGGUUGGGUUAGUGGUGGAUUUACUCUGCUUUCCUAGUUGCUCUGAAAUGCUUCCCCUGACACUGCCAUGUUAUUGCUGUCCAGAGGGGCGAAAGCACAGCAAGAAAAAUAAACCAGAAGAUUUGUGCGUAGUAUGACAGAUUGAGUAAUUUCACUAGGAAGUAAUAAUAAUAAUAAUAAUAAUAAUAAUAAUAGUAAUUUUUUAUUUAUACCCCGCCCAUUUGGCUUGGCUUGCCCAGCCACUCUGGGUGGCUUCCAAAAAAAUAUUAAAAUACUCUAAUACAUCAAACAUUAAAAGCUUCCCUAAACCAGGGCUGCCUUCAGAUGUCUUCUAAAAGUCUGGUAGUUGUUGUUCUCUUUGACAUCUGGUGGGAGGGUGUUCCACAGGAUGGGCGCCACUACCGAGAAAGCCCUCUGCCUGGUUCCCUGUAACUUGGCUUCUUGCAGUGAGGGAACCGCCAGAAGGCCCUCGGUGCUGGAUCUCAGUGUCCGGGCAGAACAAUGGGGGUGGAGACACUCCUUCAGAUAUACUGGAAUAUUAUGAAAUGUGUACCAAUUGGAAAUGAAGCAGUGUGACGGCCCCAAAACCUUUGCAGGUGCAAACAGUAUUGAGAGCAAGGUGGUCAGGAGAUGUGAAGCCCACUAGGCAAGAGCAGGCAAGAGCAGAUAAGGAAAGGAUGCGAGCUCUGAAGGGGCUUCAGGAGUCAUGCACAAGCAGGGAAAAGAUGAGGUGCAUAGGCUUCAGCUGUGGAAACAGCUUGUGUCUCACACCUCCAGAACUUCCCCUCUUGCUCCUCCUACUUUUGUUGUAAUGUGUGGACAUUGGCUGGGGACCUCGGGACUUGAGGAAUCUUCCCAAGGUCCUGUCGUGGUGAUGUCAUAAAGUUGCCUUGUGAUGUGUGCAUCUCCUGGAAGCAUGUGCAUCCCUCAUCGACAGCUUACUCCCUUGAAAUAUAAAGUUGGAGUAAUAAAGGGCCUGAAACUUAACAAAACUUUCUCUUUUAUUGCAUUUAAAGUAUUUCUUUCUGUCUCUUCAUGGCUGAAGCAGUCCCAGAGUGGGUUACAUUGAAAUCAAUGCACAGUGAAAACAGGUUGGGUGGAGGGAGGGAAUAAUAAUAAUAAUAAUAAUAAUAAUAAAUUUUAUUUAUACCCCGCCCUCCCCGGCCAGAGCCGGGCUCAGGGCAGCUAACACCAGUAAAAUUACAGUAAAAACAUAAUAGGGAAAAAAACACCCAAUUUAAAAUACAGGUUAAAAUACAAUUUAAAAUGCAGCCUCAUUUAAAAGUAGCCCAUAGAGCAAAACCAUAAGGGGAGGGAAACAUAAGGGGCAGACUGAGUCCAAACCAAAGGCCAGGCGGAACAGCUCUGUCUUGCAGGCCCUGUGGAAAGAUGUCAAGCCCUGCAGGGCCCUAGUCUCUUGUAACAGAGCAUUCCACCAAGUCGGGGCCAGUACUGAAAAGGCCCUGGCCCUAGUUGAGACCAAUCUAACCACCUUGCGACUUGGGACCUCCAGAAUGUUGUCAUUUGUGGAAUAACAUACAACCUGCAGAAUCAUGGCAGCGAUCCUCUCCUCAAAGCCUGGGGAAAUAAGUCGCAGCUCAAGCCUGCCCAUGUCUACUCAGAAGUAAUGCAGUGGGGUUGGGAUUAGGGCCUGAGCAUUCAGCUGCCACCAAAAUCUUGUUGGUUUCAAUCAGCCUUGCAAAGGAGAUGUUUAUUGCGUUGGCUUUGGACUUGAAAACUGUGGGUGGAAGUGCCAACUCGUAUCAACUCCCCCAGGUCUCCUUAAGCAAGAGGCAUUGUCUCACUGUUGCUUCCAGUCUAAAGUGCUCCAUAUACCGUUUGGCCCGAAUAUAAGCCACACCCACAAAUAAGCCGCAUCUUUAAAAUUCAAGGGGGGAACAGAAAAAAGACAAUAUCUGAAUAUAAGCCGCUCCCUUAAAAUUCCGCAGGCACUCACACCCGUUCCGUUCUGCCGUAUGUCUGUUUCAGCAGCAAUAUCGUAAAAGCUCAUUUUUGUAAGGUUGUGAAUUUGAGCCGCACUUUAACUUUUCAUGGUGGGAAUUUUUUUGGGGGGGAGUGUGGCUUAUAUUCGGAUCAAUACAGUAACAUGGUUUCUGCGAGAAUGGGCAGAAUGAAAAACAAAUAGAAUAAUUAUUUUAUUAGAAAAAUAAUUUUGAUCUGGAUUGAUCAGGUAUGGUAGACAUUAUGGUGGGCUGGCCUUCUGACUUUCCUUACAUCAACGGAGCAAUGCAUUCCUGUGUUUAUGUUUAGCUUCCAACCCAGGCUGCUGAGUGUGGGGACCCCCAGCUGAAAGUGCAUCCCUCAGGUCUGGACUUGGACCCAUCUGCCUCUAUUCUUGUUCAGUCAAAGAGAAGGUGAUUAAGGGUUCCUCAAAUGAGCAGUUCAGAAAUAUUAGACAACCUUGUCAAAAAGUGUCAGGCCUAGGCUAUGGGCAGCAGUCUGUGAUGAGCCUUGGAUUUUUCUAUUAAGAAGGUAUUAAUUUUCUUCUUCUCCCUGUAAGGUAAAGGUAAAGGACCCCUGGACAGUUAAGUCCAGUCAAAGGGUUUGCGGCGCUCAUCUCACUUUCAGGCCAAAGGAGCCAGCAUUUGUCCACAGACAGUUUUCCAGGUCAUGUGGCCAGCAGGACUAAACCGCUUCUGGCGCAACGGGACACCGUGAUGAAUGCCAGAGCACACGGAAACGCCGUUUAUCUUCCCGCCGCAGUGGUACCUGUUUAACUACUUGCACUGGCAUGAUAUCGAACUGCUAGGUAGGCAGGAGCUGGGACAGAGCAACAGGAGCUCACCCCGUUGCGGAGAUUCGAACUGCCGACCUUCCAAUCAGCAAGGUCAAGAGGCUCAGUGGUUUAGCCACCCGCGUCUCGCCUCCACUAGCUCAGUUAAACACUUUGUUGUUUUGUUUACAGCACUGUUGGAAGAAUUUACUCCCCUGGUGGAAAGGCUUGGAUUGGAUGAAAAUUUUGUAGACAUCACUGAGAUGGUCGAAAAAAGGCUGGGACAAUGGAAAAAAGAUGCCUUUUCUCAAAUCUCUGUCUCAGGCCAUGUAUAUAACAAUCAGAGUAAGUACCUUGCCCUUCCUAAGCGAGGUUGCUUGGCCUGUUAGGUGCACCUCUUCAUAACUCUUUCUGUUUGCUUCUCAGCUGUCGAUUUACAUGAUCCAGUGCACAUACGAUUGGCUGUGGGGUCUCAGGUGGCAGAAGAGUUGAGAGCAGCCAUGCACACCAGGCUGGGCCUCACAGGCUGUGCAGGAGUGGCAACUAACAAAUUACUCUCCAAGUUGGUGUCCGGGACCUUUAAACCAAACCAGCAAACUGUUCUGUUGCCGGAGGGUCAGCAGGACCUCAUGAACAGCCUUGACAACGUCAUGAAAGUGCCUGGUAAGAUGGGGAGAUUCCUCUGCUCCAGUUACACAGGUGCACUCACCUGUAUAGGUUAGGUUUAAGAGGAGGGGGAUUGGGGAAGAGGUUUCUUCUUUUGAAUGGGUGGCGGGAAAAGAGAAAUUCUACCUUGGUUUAUUCUGUACACACAUUGUGUGUUUUUUGUGUAUAAUUUUUUAUUAAAUUUUCUGUUUUACAAUUUAAAAUACCGUAUUUUUCGCUCCAUAGGACGCACUUUUUCCCCUCCAAAAAAUGAAGGGGAAAUGUGUGUGCGUCCUAUGGGGCGAAUGCAGAGCUUCGCUGAAGCCUGGAGAGCGAGAGGCAUCGGUGCGCACCGACCCCUCUCGCUCUCCAGGCUUCAGGAAGCUAUCCGCAAGCCUUGCAAGCCCGGUGGGAGUUCCCGCGGGCUCACAAGGCUUGCAGGCAGCAGCCUGCAGCCCCGGCGAGUGUCCGCAAGCCUUGCGCGCCCGGCUAGAGGUCCCGCCGAGCGCGUGAGGCUUGGGGCGGCAGCCUGUCCCCCGAAGCACGGGGAGCCCUCCGGAGGUCUCCCCGUGCUUCGGGCGAGUGUCUGCAAGCCUUGCGCGCCCGGCUGGAGGUCCCGCCGAGCGCGCGAGGCUUGGGCGGCAGCCUGUCGCCCGAAGCACGGGGAGCCCUCCGGAGGGCUCCCGUGCUCGGGCGAGUGUCUGCAAGCCUUGCGCGCCUGGCAGGAGGUCCCGCCGAGCGCGCGAGGCUUGGGGCGGCAGCCUGUCGCCCAAGCACGGGAGCCCUCCGGAGGGCUCCCCGUGCUUCGGGCGAGUGUCUGCAAGCCUUGCGCGCCCGGCAGGAGGUCCCGCCGAGCGCGCGAGGCUUGGGGCGGCAGCCUGUCGCCCGAAGCACGGGAGCCCUCCGGAGGGCUCCCGUGCUCGGGCGAGUGUCUGCAAGCCGCGCGCGCCCGGUGGGCGGCCCCGCCGCGCGCGCGAGGCUUGGGGCGGUAGCCUGCAGCCCGAAGCACGGGGAGCCCUCCGGAGGGCUCCCGUGCUUCGGGCGAGUGUCUGCAAGCCUUGCGCGCCCGGCAGGAGGUCCCGCCGAGCGCGCGAGGCUUGGGCGGCAGCCUGUCGCCCGAAGCACGGGAGCCCUCCGGAGGGCUCCCGUGCUUCGGGCGAGUGUCUGCAAGCCUUGCGCGCCCGGCAGGAGGUCCCGCCGAGCGCGCGAGGCUUGGGGCGGCAGCCUGUCGCCCGAAGCACGGGCGCCCCGUGCUUCGGGGGCGUGUAUGCAAGCCUUGCGCGCCCCGCAGGAGGUCCCGCCGAGCGUGCGAGGCUUGGGGCGGCAGCCUGUCGCCCGAAGCACGGGCUCCCCGUGCUUCGGGCCCCUGUCGGCAAGCCUUGCGCGCCCGGCCCGAGGACCCGCACCGCGAGCGAGGCGGGGGGCGGCAGCCUGUCGCCCGAAGGCGGGCGAGUGUCUGCAAGCCUUGCGCGCCCGGCAGGAGGUCCCGCCGAGCGCGCGAGGCUUGGGGCGGUAGCCUGCAGCCCGAAGCACGCGGAGCCCUCCGGAGGGUGCCCCGUGCUUCUUGCAGGUGUGCACAAGGCUUGGGGCGGCAGCCGCGGCGGGGGGGGGAAUAAUUUUUUUUAUUCAUUUCCCCCCCCAAAAAACGAGGUGCGUCCUAUGGGCCGGUGCGCCCUAUAGAACGAAAAAUACGGUAUUCAUUUAAACAACUUCAAAAUGUCAAUGAUUCCUCUUCUUCUCUUUCCAUAGUUCAUUUUUCAUAUCAUAAAUCUCUGCAUAUUUUACAUAAACAAAACCAUUCAGUAUUCCAUUAUUACAUCCAUCAAAACUUAUUUACACUGUUGAAUUUAUUAUAAUUCUGUCAAUGUUUUCAAGUGUACACAAUCCCGCCUCCCCCAUACUCAAUAAACAUUUUCCAAUAUUCUUUAAACAUAUGUUCUUCUUGUUCUCUAUUCUAUAUGUUAGGUUUGCAAGCUGCGUAUAUUCCAUCAGUUUAAGUUGCCGUUCUUCUUUAAUUGGGACCUCGCUUGCUUUCCAUUCUGGGGCUAACAAAACACAGGCCGCAGUCGUGGCAUACAUAAAUAACCUUUUUGGACCCCUGGGAAUUUCAGUCUGAAUUAAGCCCAACCAAAACGACUCUGGUUUGUUUUAUUUUGGAAAAACACUUUUAAACUUUUUUAUAAAUUCAUUAUGAAUUAUUUCCCAAUACUUUUUUACCCUUUUACAGGUCCUAUUCUGUACACACAUUGUUACCUUUCUUAGUGGCCGAAUACCUAUCAAUCUGGAAGCAAAAAAGGCCGUUCAGAAAUAAGGGACCAGUUUUUACAUACUAAGGGGACUUCCUGGGUUUGCUUUCAAAUAAAGAAAUAUGCUUGUGGACAUGCCUGAAGCCUCCUGCUGUCUUUGAAUUGAGGACUUCCUAGUUCAAGGCCAGCAUUCCAUUCCAUUUCAUGCCAGUCCGCUGAGAGAUUUUCACUCCCCUGUGCUUGUAGAGUGAACAAUUUCUCUUGUGCAGGUAUCGGCUAUAAAACAGCAAAGCGCCUUGCGACGCUGGGAAUCACCACGGUGCGUGACCUUCAGACGUGCCCGACUGCAAUCCUAGAGAGAGAACUGGGAUCUUCAGUUGCCCAACAUAUUCAGAAGCUCAGCUGGGGAGAAGAUGAUUCCCCAGUCAGCCCAUCGGGGCUCCCUCAGGUAUAGAGGAAAACGCAGGUGCUCAAGGUCUUCACAAGAGCCAGUGUGGUGUAGUGUUUAAGAGCGGUAGACUUGUAAUCUGGUGAACCGGGUUCGCGUCUCUGCUCCUCCACAUGCAGCUGCUGGGUGACCUUGGGCUUGUCACGUUUCUCUGAAGUCUCUCAGCCGCACUCACCUCACAGAGUGUUUGUUGUGGGGGAGGAAGGGAAAGGAGAAUGUUAGCCGCUUUGAGACUCCUUCGGAUAGUGAUAAAGCGGGAUAUCAAAUCCAAACUUCUUCUUCUCCUCCUCCUCCUCCUCCUCCUCCUCCUCCUCUUCUUCUUCUUCUUCUUCUUCUUCUUCUCUGCCUCCAUUCUCAACAUUCUGCCAUGCCCUAGUCACUGGGGGUGGAUAAUACUUUCUCAGGCCAGGUCCCACAUUCCCUCAUGGCGGACAAAGGCCAGAGGCAAAGAUGGAUGCAAAUCUAGAUUCUGUGUCAUAGGUUCUAUUCCAUCCACACACACACCAGCUGUUUCAAUACAGACCUACCUCUCCCCAAGAGGCAUUAAAAAGUAAAGGUAAAGGGACCCCAGACCAUUAGGUCCAGUCGUGACCGACUCUGGGGUUGUGGCGCUCAUCUCGCUUUAUUGGCCGAGGGAGCCGGCGUCCAGCUUCUGGGUCAUGUGGCCAGCAUGACUAAGCUGCUUCUGGUGAACCAGAGCAGCACACGGAAACGCCGUUUAUCUUCCCGCCGGAGCGGUACCUAUUGAUUUGCUUGCACUUUGAGGUGCUUUCGAACUGCUAGGUUGGCAGGAGCAGGGACCAAGCAAUGGGAGCUCACCCCGUCACGGGGAUUUGAACCACCAACCUUCUGAUUGGCAAGCCCUAGGCUCUGUGGUUUAACCCACAGCACCACCUGCGUCCCCAAGAGGCAUUAUCACAGAUUAAAUAAUUUCCAUCCCGACAAAAGCUUUGAAAUGGACAUUCAGUAGGGAUGUUGAGGGUUGUGGCCCAAGAAGAGUCCUGAGGGCCAGACAGAGAUAUCUGGAGAGAGUGACUCUCCCUACCUCCCUGCCUGAGUUUUCUUGUUGUUGGGAUCUGUCUGUCUCAAGAGACAAUGGAGUGUGCCGUCGGGGGUGAAGUCAAACCAUUGCGUUAGCAGCAACAAAAUGACCUCCUCAGGGCACAAGCCUGGGUAGUGUGUCUGGAGGUCCUGGGCUGCCCAGAUGACAAGACCCCCCUCUCGGCCUCACUGAUGUGGUCCAAAGGAAAGCAGAGCAAUACGUUUGGUACUAGCUUGGCUGUGAUUCAUCAGAAGUUUGACUUACCGUAUUUGGUUUCCCCAAACGCAGUAUCUCAAAGGUGAUUUCACAGCAUGCAAAAUCUUAAAGAACAAAGACAGUUGGGUGAAAAAUCAGCCCAUGCAGAAUGUACAGAUCCAUGGUUUCCUCCAAUUAAGACCUUCAAAUUUUUCCCCGCCCCAUUUGUUGUUGCUGCGGUAUAAACAAUUACAGUAAUAUUUUUUUUUAAUGUUCUGCAGUCUCUCAGUGAUGAAGACUCCUUUAGAAAGUGCUCUUCCGAAGCCGAAGUGAAAAAGAAAAUUGAAGAGCUGCUCGCUAGUCUUCUGGACAGGUGACCUUACUGUGGAAUAUCUUAUCAGAAGAGAUGCGCCUAGGCAUAAGCUGAAAUAUCUCUUAUAAAAUAUGCACCGUAUUUUGUGUCCUAUGGGGCGAAUGCAGGCUUUCGCUGAAGCCUAGAGGGUCGACCCCUCUCGCUCUCUAGGCUUCAGGAAGCUAUCCGCAAGCCUUGGGCGCCCGCGGGAGUUCCCGCCGGGCUCCCAAGGCUUGCGGACAGCAGCCUGCAGCCCGAAACGCGGGGAGCGCACCCCGGGCUUCGGGCAGCUCUCCGCAAGCCUUGGGAGCCCAUGGGAGUUCCCGCGGGCUCCCCAGGCUUGCGGGUAGCAGCCUGUUCUGGGGGCUGGGGUCGGGGAAGCUUGGGCUUCCCCCGCCCCAGCCCCGCACCUGGGGAAAUUUUUUUUUCUUUAUUCCCCCCCCAAAAAAAACCUAGAUGCACCCUAUGGGCCGAUGCGCCCUAUAGGGCGAAAAAUACGGUAUAUUUGACUUGGCUAUCAUCAUGCAUGUGUGUGUCAUUUGUCCUGCCAAUGGUUCUUGCAUUCAAAUCAAGCAGGACUGGGGACCUGCAAGCACAGGGCCUAAAUGCCACCCCUCCAAGCCUCUCUCUGUCUGGGCCUCUUGCCAGGCCAGGCUUCCUCUCCCCAGGUCUUGCCUCUCAACAGUCUCCUCGAAUGCUGUUGCGUGGCUGGAACAUCUCCCUGUGCUGUGAUCAUGCUUUUUCCCUGCCAGGAUGGAAAAUGGAGAUUGGCGUGUGUCCAUGCAGAAGCUAUUGGCUUUUGUGUGGUCAAAUCAAGAGUCGGUUCUGUUGCUCCGCCCACCACUGGCACUUGACACUUGCCCCCCCCCCGAAGGUCACCCAGGAGGGAAUGGACUACUUCCAUUCACAGAGGGAACUGGAGGCCAGUGGAGGAUUCCACUGGAAUCAGAGGUGAUGUGGCAUUUCCACCAAUGUCCCUUGAGCAGCCUUCUGCAUGACCUCUUAUGCUGUCCCCCAGUCCUCCAGAACAGGUUAUAUAUAUAUGUGUGUGUGUGUGUGUGUGUGUGUACACACACCCACACCCACAUAUUUUAACAUAUCAGUUCCAACAGUCAUACAACAUAACUUCUCAUCUUAUAUAAUGUUUUUAGACUUCCAUCAACACCUCUGAUGAUUUUCCGUUCUUUAUCACUUAUUAUGCAUUUCUUAAUUUCUAUAUUACAUUUAAUUAUCCUUAACUAAUAAUUCUCUUCAUAGUCUUUCUUGCAAUAUUUCAAAUAAUUCACCUUACAAAACUUCUCGCAGUCCUACUAGCAUAAUCUGUUCAUCACAGUUACUUUUCAGAUAGUUCAUAUAUUUACUCCAGUCUUCUAAGAAUCUCUGAUCCUGCAGGUUUUGAAUCCUUCCUGUUAAUUUAUCUAAUUCUGCAUAGUCCAUCAACUUCAUCCUCCAUUCUUCUUUCGUCAGUAGUUCUUCUUGCUUCCAUUUUUGUGCCAAUAAUAUUCUUGCUGCUGUCGUUGCAUAUAAAAACAACUUACAAUCCUUUCUAUUAAUAUCAUCUCCUACAAUGCCAAGUAAAAAUGCUUCUGGUUUCUUAAUAAAUGUAUAUUUCAACAUCUUUUUCAUCUCAUUGUAUAUCAUUUCCCAGAAGCUUUUCACUCCAGAACAGGUUUUCUAGGGGCAAAGGACCUACAGGAGGAAAGGGUGAUUGGCAAAAGUCAUCCCACCCCCUCUUUUUGCCAGCAGGAGCCACUCACAAGAUCAGGCUUCCUCAUAAACUCAGCCCUCCAGAUGUUUUGAGACGACAAUUCCCAUCAUACCUGACCACUGAUUUUGCUAGCUAGGGAUCAUGGGAGUUGUAGGCCAAAAACAUCUGGAGGGCUGAGGUUGAGGAAGCCUGCACAAGAUGCUCUGGCCAGUAGAACCUAAAUUUGAAUCUCAGCCAUAAUCCAAAGCACUUUGUUUAGUAGUGUCGAUAAAGUGUUGCUUUCUCUCAUUUGGCUGAAGAAACUUCCCCAGCCCUGAUACUGAGACACACACACACACACACACACACACACACACACACAGUUUGUGGCCCCCAUAAAAUUACCUCCCAAAACAAUGUGGCCCUUGAUGGGGUGGGGGUGUCACCCACCUAUCCACGUAGCUGAAGCUCUUGGAAUAUUCCUGCCAUGCUGUAAAAAUGCUUGAUAGGGUUUAGUUUUCUUGAGCCAGGCGAAACUGAGAUGUUUGGGAAAUGGUGGGCAUGUCAACCUCUGUCCGCUUCUCCAUGUUUGUUUGUUUGUUCAUUUUGGUUAGGUUAUACAAGGAUGGAAGAAAGCCACAUACCAUAAGAUUAACAAUCCGGCAGUUUUCCCCUACCAAUAAAUGGUUUAAUCGGGAGAGCCGCCAGUGCCCCAUUCCAUCGCAUGUGGUCCAGAGGAUCGGAACAGGUAACUUGCCUUUGUGGGGGGGGGGGACUUCUCCUUCAAGAUGUGUCUUGUGCCACCAUUGCAUGCUUUUCAUCGAUUGAUCAAGAUACAUUCCUUGGAGCUUCAGUUGAAUUGAGCCCCUUCCCUCCUUGCUGGGUUGCUUUUCUGUUCUGCCUGGUUUGGUUUUGUAACCAGUUAGUUUUGUGGCUUUAUUUUCUGAUUAUUAUGAUUUUGUGCUUGUUGCAGUUGCGAGAUUUUUGUAUCCUGACCUGGGACUGUUUCAUUAAGGCUUUUAAGUGCAAAUAACCAAUCAGAAGAAUUGUGUCCAACGAAAUUGUACUUCGAGUAGGCUCAUUAAAAUUAAUGGAGCUAGGUUAGUUGGGCCCAUUAAUUUAUAUGGGUCUUCUCUGAGUAGCGCUAACACUGGGUACAACUGAGUUGCAGAGGAUCAUCACACUAGCCAUAGCAAUUCCUCCAAGGAAAGCAGAAAACUGCCUGCAUCUUGAUCCAUUACAUAAUGCCUCCCUACACACACACACACACACACACACACACACACAGGCACCAGCACAUAGCACAAUACCCUGUUUACCAGUAUUAGCUGACAGUGAGCUGGAAAAGGGUGGUGUAGUGGUUCACAUGUUGGCCUUGCACUGGGGAGAGCAGUGUACGUGACCCAGAUCAACAUUCAUUUUGCAUUUCAUUCUAAUCAAGCACUAUUAUGCAAUGAAGUGCGGUCAUUUAAACCACUUGAGGAACCCCAGCUAAGGAGAAAAGCAUCCAGUCUCCCUACAGCAAAGAACAGCAAUUACCUAGGCAUGACAGACAAUGUGUUAGGAUUGCAGUCAUGAUGUUUCUUUGGGAGUAAGUUCAGUAUCUUCUUCAUCCCAGGCCUACUGGUAGCAACCAUUUUUUACCUACCUUGUCUCUUUGUUCCUAGCACCCUUCCCUCCCUCCCUCCCUCCAUCAUAACAUACAGACUCUCCCGGCUGUAAAGACUGGGAAGUAUCUUCAGAGUCCCCUCUGAGCCAGUGUGGUGUAGUGGUUAAGAGUAGUUGACUCGUAAUCUGGUGAACCGGGUUCACUUCCCCGCUCCUCCACAUGCAGCUGGCUGCUGAGUGACCUUGGGCUAGUCACACUUCUCUAAAGUUUCUCAGCCUCACUCACCUCACAGAGUGUUUGUUGUGGGGGAGGAAGGGAAAGGAGAUUGUUAGCCACUUUGAGACUCCUUAGGGUAGUGAUAAAGCGGGAUAUCAAAUCCAGACUCUUCUUCUUCUCUUAUGAGCCCUUCUUUGCCUCAGUGCCCUGUCUCUUCUCCUUCAGCUUCAGCUUCCUUGCUCCUCUGUCUCAGCUCUUUGCACUAGAGAUGAGAAAGCAUCGCUCGGCCUGUCCCCAAAAGAGAUCAAGCCUUCAAGUGUCUGACGUCACUGCUUGCAAAGGCCCAAGUUCUUUGCAAGCCUGCUGUACAAUUAUUUUGGGAAAAGCCUGAUGCUCCCUGCUCCAAGGUGCCCUCCUCAAUUUACUUUGGGGGCAGGGAUAAGGCAGAGAUAGCUUUAGGUUCUCCCAGUUGCUACUAAGUAUACUCUCUUCUGGUGACUAGGAGUGUCCACAACAACAUCUGCCUAACCCUUUCCCUACUGAACACCCACCCACCUAUCAGUUGCCUUGCAUCCAGGCUCCCUAUAUAUUGUUUUCAAUUUUUUGCUUCUCUGCAUCCUGGGCUUCAGACCACCCCUGUAUCCCAUCCAAGCAAAGAACUUCCCUUCCCUCAUAGAAACGUGGAACUGAGCAUUGGGUGCCAGCGUGCCAGCUCUGGCAACGGAUAUUGCAGGCAUCAUUGUUACAAGUACCAUACAUUAUAAAUUGGCAUUAGCCAGUCUGGUGUCCUCCACUCUCAUGGUCCCUGACCAUUUGUUAUGCUGGCCAGGGGUGGUGGGAGUCCCAACAUCCAGAGGGUACCAUGCCGUCUCCCCCAGUAUAGAUUAUCUUUACUGGAAUUCUGGUGCAUAUCUUGUUCGGCCCUGUAAAACGUGUGUAACUUCAGGGUGGGUUUCUCCUGCUUAAAUGUUCACAUCCAGGUGACUCCAAAGUCAAGACACACCUGGUUGCUCUCCUGAUGAAACUGUUUCAUAAGAUGAUAAACGUGCAACUUCCAUUUCAUCUGACGCUUCUGAACGUCUGCUUCUCCAGCCUCAAGGCCCCUCCUGCUUCCGCCAAGCAGACUAUUGGGUUUUAUUUAACUCGUUCAUCACCCUCUUCCAGCUGCAGCAAAGUCAUUCAUGUAAGUUCAUAACUGUAUUUCUUUUUGUAAAAAUAUAGAGAGAGAUAUGUUGCCUGCCCUGUCCCAAAGAAAUGUUUACUUAAAUUCACCAAAAAAGAGCUGAGCUCCUCACCUAUACUUUGUAAAUAAGAAUCUCAUCUAGUACACCAGUUCUGCCUGCUGGUACUGGAUGUGUCGCCACCACAAAUACAGUAUAGGUCAGUGGUGGCCAACCUGGUGCCCACUGGAUUACAACUUCACAAUCUCCUGACCAUUGGCCAUGUUGGCUGGGACUGAUGGUAGUUGAAUCCAACAGCAUAUGGAGGGCACCAGGUUGGCUAACCCUGGUCCCUAUCAGAAUUCUGGCACAGAUCUCAACAGCAGAUAUAUAUGUAACAUAUGUGUAGAGGAGGCAGACUAGUGAAAAUAUUUCUGGACUUACUCACAAGAGUACAGUUCAAGGAGCAAUUAGAAGAGAUUGACAGUCAACUGAAUGAUGCUUGUUGGGUAUCUCAAUCUACCUUUGCCAAGCUAAUGCUGUCUGCAAAUGUUUUAGACUACAACUCCCAUCAGCUCUAGCCAAUGUAAUGGACUGGUUGGAUGCAGAGGAAUGGUGGGAGGAACUGGCUGGGGAGCCAGCAACAGGGCUCAGUGAGUUGGGACAGUCUGUAGCAGAGAGAAGUCAAGAAUGAGAGGCAGAAGCUGAAGCAGGAGAGUGGAAGGAGGGAAGUCAAGAGGCAGAGAUGAGUCAGGCUGGUGAAGUUAUAGGUGUCUCACCCCCUCCCUGCUGUGACAAGCUCCCCUCUCCCCAACUGUCAGGCUUUGGGAACUCACCCCCCCCCCCAGGCUGUAGAUAAGCAGGACACAGCAAAAAGAGUCUCUUACCAUUUAAAGAGUUUUUAAUGAUCACAGCAAAAGAACAAAGCAUUGAUUCUCAGAAUGAAAGUGCUCCCAAUUAAGGUUUCCACCCACUUCCCCCCUAGUCACUUUGCCGCCCUGCAAUCUGAUCUCAUAGCCACCAUGCUUUUUGCGUAGCCACCUUAUCUGCUGGCCUUAUCUAUGUGGCCUUGGGCUGAUAGGCUGGACACUUCCCAGCAAGAGAGAGUCUAUUAGCUCUCUCUCUCUUCCAGUUCUUCUCCUCCUAGCUGUCCCCCACUUAGUUCUGCCCAGCUGUUGUUUUCCAAACUAUGUCCCUCUGCAAACCACUGUUCCAAAUCUAUACUGCUCCACUGCUCCUGGGCAGCUUCAGGAUCCUGGUCAGGGGGAGGGGGAAGCUCCCACCAUUUCUCAUCAGAGCAGUACUCCGACACUGACUUGCAGAACCAGGAGAGAUGUGAAACGGGAGGAGCAAAUACAGACCCCACACAGGCGCAGUCUCUGAUUGCUUGCAAGAAGCGCUGGAGAGGGGAAGGUGGGGAGCUUUAGUCAUGGCAACUUAUUUCAUGGAUUAGGCCCUACUACAGGGUAUGAGCCGCUGUUCUCAUUAGGCCCGAAACCCAGCCAAGUCUCUUGAGUAUCGUGCUUCGCUAAUAAAGAGUUAGCCCCAGCUUUAAACUGUGUUAUUUACUGACUAACUCUGCAGCAGCCAGGCUGGGGCUGGUGGAAGCUGUAGUCUGAAAUAUCUGCUCAGAGCACCAGGUUGGCAAAUAAUGUUCUUGCACAAAAAAUUGUGCCAUUUGUGUUGCAGGAAACAGAAGGUAUGGGUGCAGGACGAAUAACUUCAGGAGAUAAGCUGGACUGCUGUGAAGCUUCAUCAGAGGUGAGGGAUGCUAUAAAAAGUCAACUGGAGUCCCCAGACCUCCCGAAAGAUACUGGCCUUCUUGAGUUUCCGCUUCAUUUACUUCCUGAUGGCAUUGACUGCAACGUGUUUAAGCAGCUUCCAGCAGACAUUAAGGAGGAGAUUAUUUCUAGCCAAAUGAGAGGAGAUUCUACAGCCUCUCUACAGGAACGAACAUUAUGGGUCCCGAGGGAAGGAAUUCCGGCUAAGGCACAAGACCAAACAAGCCAUGCGUCUUUGAUUUCUGGAAGCAUCCAACAGGACAUAAGCUCUUUGGCAUGUGGGGGCAUGGCAUCCACCAAUGACAAGCCACCGCUAGCUGUAAACACUUGUGCUCCCAGCUGCCUUCUAGAGACUGGUGAAAAUGCCUCAAUUGCUGACGCUACUGUGCGUGUUAAAAGCUCGCCUCCUAUUCCAUCUCAGCCUUCUAUUCUGCAGCUUUGUAUUCCAGAGGGGCAGAAACACCCAGACAAAGAAGCCAGCAACGAAGGUUGGAAAGACGGUUCAAAACUCGUCCUCCCUCCCAAUAUUGAUCCCCAAACCUUUUCCGAGUUGCCUACAGAGAUGCAGAAGGAACUGUUGGUGGAGUGGAAGAGCCAGGAGCCUGCCUCCAAGCUGCCAGCUGGCAAAACUCAAAACAGGCUCAAAAGGGAAUGGAAAGGGCUUCCUUCAGCCCCCCACUCAAACAGUUUAUUAAGAUAUUUUAAACCCAAAUGA